AUGACAGACUCAAAGCCGAGCGACUCCCCAAUUGCAGAAAGGCCAUUGCUAACUGAAGAUCCAGAGGGAAGUCCUGUCAACCAGACACUGUACCGCUCAAUGAUCGGGUCACUAAUGUAUCUGACUGCCAGUCGACCGGAUAUUCUAUACGCCGUGUGUCAGUGUGCUCGUUAUCAGGCUAACCCCAAACUCGUUCACUUAACUACUGUCAAAAGAAUUUUCAGAUAUUUGAAGGGAGCACCUAAACUUGGACUCUGGUAUCCCAGAGAUUCGAACUUUGAUUUGUUUGCCUUUUCAGAUAGCAAUUUUGGAGGAGCUGACAGGGAUAGGAAGUCCACAUCAGCUGGAUGUCAGUUCUUGGGAGAACGACUCAUAUCUUGGCAAUGCAAGAAGCAGCAGACAGUAUCUCUUUCCACAGCGGAAGCCGAAUACGUUGCAGCAUCUGCAUGCUGCUCCCAGGUUCUGUGGAUGCAGCAUCAAUUGGAAGAUUACGGUUUGACUUAUCUUAAUACUACUAUUUAUUGUGACAAUGAUGCUGCCAUCCAGAUCACUAAAAACCCUGUUUUUCACUCCAAAACCAAGCACAUUGACAUUAAAAUUCACUUCUUAAGAGAUUGUUUUGACAGGGGUCUUGUUAAACUUGAGCAGAUCCACACUGAUGCUAACACAGCGGAUCUGUUUACUAAACCUGUCAGCAUCUCUAGGUUCAAUGUGCUUGUAGAUCUCUUGAAAAUGAUUCGCUUCACCGACUGA